AUGCGAAUCGAAGAACUCAUCAUCGAUGGGUUCAAGAGUUAUCCCGUUCGCACACAUGUCCGUGGCUUUGACCCCAGCUUCAAUGCCAUCACUGGCCUAAAUGGAAGUGGAAAAAGCAACAUCCUCGACGCUAUUUGUUUCGUGCUGGGUCUCACGAACCUAAGCUCUGUGCGUGCCUCCAAUAUGCAGGAUCUCAUCUACAAACGAGGCCAAGCCGGCGUCACAAAGGCAUCCGUCACCAUCGUGUUCGAUAACAGCGAUAAGGAUCGCUCUCCCGUCGCAUUCGAAAACUACGCGACCAUCACGGUGACGCGCCAAAUUGUCAUGGGUGGGGCAUCGAAAUAUCUCAUCAAUGGUCACAAGGCAACGCAGCAGGCCGUCCAGAACCUAUUUCAGAGUGUCCAGCUGAACAUCAACAAUCCAAACUUCCUUAUCAUGCAAGGACGUAUUACCAAGGUGCUCAACAUGAAGCCGGCAGAAAUUUUAUCGAUGAUCGAAGAGGCCACAGGCACGCGCAUGUUCGAGGAGCGCAAGGAGCGCGCAUUUCGUACGAUGACAAAAAAAGACCAGAAAGUCCCGUACGAAUGGCAUACGGUGAACCGCCGACUUGAAGACCACUCCGUCUCGGGUCUUGCAUCUGUUCGACAGCGGAUCUAUGACAAGGAGUCUGACAUCCAGUCCUGGAAGCACCACGUCGAGAGUCUGCACGCCGAGCUCCGGGCUCUUGAGAAGCGCCGCGCUGCGCAGGUCGGAGCGGGUGCUGCGUCGCUCAUGGAGCAGUCCAAGACGCUGAAUCAUCAGCUGGUGGAAGCAUCUGCUCAGCUCGAGUUUCGGCAAGCAGCUCGAGACGAGGAAGCCCGUCGUGUCGACACCGAGUCGGCUGCACUGGAGGCUGCGUCUGCAGCACUCUCGGCCCAAGAAGAGCAGCAUGCGUCGCUAGAGUCGUCGUUUGCUGACUUCAAGACCGCGUAUGACGCACAGAGCACCGCCGUAAGCGAGCAAGAGUCGCUUCUACAGAGUCUGCUCACAGGCAUGGCAUCGGGCCAGCAUGAAACACAGGGCGGCUUCCAGGGACAGCUCGCGAAAGCGCGUGAGAAGGCGACCGCCGCCAAGUCAGAGGUGCAGCAGGCACAGGUCCAGAUCGACCACAUCGAGCGGGAGCUGCGUGUGAAGGAGCCCCAAGCGAAGCACGAAGCACAAGAAAGCCGUGCUCUGUACAAGAAGCUCGCGAACGUCCAACAGGCUGCACAGGAGGCAGAGCAAGCGUUGCAUGCAUACGCCUUCGAUGAAAAGCGGUAUGAACAGCUGCGUGCGGAGCGCCUAAGUCUCGAGCAAGACAUGCAGCGCCUCGCGUCCGAGCGCGAAGCUAUGCAGGACCGUCUACCGUCUGCUUUGCAGUUCACUUACGUGGACCCGACGCCGGACUUUGAUCGCCGCCGCGUCAAGGGCCUCGUUGCAAGUCUCGUUCAUCUGGAUCCAUCAAACACCAAGUAUGCGACGGCGCUAGAAACGUGCGCUGGCGGCCGCUUGUACAGUGUGGUCGUUGAAAAUGAGCAUGUGGGUGCUCAGCUUUUGGCUCAUGGCCAGCUCAAGAAGCGCGUGACGUUGAUUCCACUCACCAAGAUCCAGGCCCACGUAGCCCCCUCCGCACAAGGUGUCGGCACGCACAGCGCCUCGCGCCUGGCCAGGUGGAUCUGGCACUCUCGCUCGUCGGCUAUGAGUCGCACGUGGCCACAAGCACUGCAGUAUGUGUUUGGCUCGACGCUCAUUUGCCGCGAUGCCGCCACCGCCAAAAAAGUCACGUUCGAUGCCGCCGUACGCAUGAAAAGCGUCACGAUCGAUGGCGAUGUCUACGAUCCAGCAGGCACGUUAUCGGGCGGCAGCACGUCGUCUUCCAGCUCGAGCAUCUUGCUGCGGAUGCAGCAGAUGGCCGCUCUGUCAGCCCAGUGGAACGCCAAACACGCCGCCCAUGAGGCCACGAACAACGAGUGGUGCGCACUCCAAGCUGCGAGCGCGAUGCAUGCGAAGCUCUCGUCGGCCGUCGAGCUGAAGCAGCACGAAGCGACGCUGGUGCAGCAGCAGGUGGAUGGCGGGCGUGCAGCGUCUCUGCAGGCGGACAUCCGUGCAUGCUAUGCGACUUUGGAGGAGCUCCGUGCGCGCAUGGAAGCUGCUCGUCAGAAGCAAGCUGACGCAGCCCGGCAGAUGGCCGACAUUGAGCGAGACAUCGCUGAGCUUGGCGUCGACAAAGAUGCCAAGGUCGCAAAGGUUCGUGACACAUGCAAAAACAUGAAGUCGGCCUUUGCGCAGCAGGCUGCCGAGCUCAAGCAGCGGCAGGCCGCAUUGCGUGCGUCAGAGCUCGACCGCAGUCAGCACCGCAUGGAUGCCGACGCUGCGCGCGAGCGAUUACAUGAAGCACGCGCGCUGCUCGCACAGGCUGAGCAGGAUGUCAAGGACAGUGCUGAGAGCGUAGAGGCACUGCGGAUGCGUGUGUCUGAAAGCGAAGAGGCCAUUACGAAAGAACAGGCAGCCUUGUCAGCAUUCAGUGACGAGCACCAUGAGCUACAGACGGCUCUUACGGCAAAGAAGGCUGCCGUAGAAGAUGCUGAACUCACACUCAAGCAGUGGCGUCGUGAGCUCGAUCAGCAAGAGCACGAACAUGCAAGAAUGCAGCAGACCAAGGAUGCGUUGGAGUCGGCCUUUCCUUGGAUUGUGGAAGAAUGCCACUUGUUCGGCCGGGUGGGCUCUGCCUACGAGUUUGCCAAGCACAAUAUGGACGAUGUGCGCAAGCUGUGUAAGCAGCUGGAUGAACAGCAGAGUGGGCUCAAACGUCGAGUGAAUCCGCGCGUGAUGAACAUGAUCGACAAUGUCGAGUAA